GAAAGACAGAGUCUCCCAAUCCCAUAGGCUGCUACCGUAUCUUCCCCUCUGUCUACAGAUCUUAUACGCCUGUCAUGUUUGCGGAAAAUACCGUGGAUAUUGCUUCGACGUACGACGAUGAGAAUUGGCUUGCUCCCCCGAAGCCACCCCUACUCUAUCGUGCUGCUAGCGUGGGCAACAGCUGGGGAGUCACGUCGAUAGGUCGUGGAUUUGACUGGUCUGCUGGAGACCAGGAAAUGGCAACCUCCUUUGAUUCCGAGUCAAUUGGCUCCGCGAGCUGUCCUUGCGCCGUAACUCCUGUUUCAAGACAAUCUCCUUCUCGCCCAGUGCUAGCACAGUUUACCUCAGAACCUUUCUCGAUAUCACCUUCUACGUCUCAAUCAGACAUAUUGUCGCCACAAACCCACAAACCCCGAUCGCCAUUGUCUCCCAAUCCAUCUCGCCAGCCUUCCCCGAUCAGGACUCAUGCUAUUGAGCAUCGUCCUUCGCUAUCGCGCUCUCCAACUGCACCUCGUCCUCGUCGGCGAUCUUCUCAACAACGUGUCUCCCUGAUAGCGGGUCGAGUAAUGAUUGCACCCGUUGAACCUCCAUCUCCACCACCCACCAUGGCACAGGUCUUGCAGCGUGUCUCUAGCUCAGGUAGCGUAAUAUCGAUGGCUGCGAGUACAGAUCCGCCAACACCCUUACCCGAAAAUCAGUCUUUUCUUGGUGACAAGAACAUCACAGAUUUUCUCAUUGAGGCAGAAAUCGGGCGCGGUGCAUACGGCCUCGUGAAACGUGCCAGAAGGAUAAACGCUGAUGGGUCCCAUGGGCCUCCCCUUGUCAUAAAACAAGUUAUAAAGUCCAGGAUUCUGGCCGACUGCUGGAAACGACACCCCAAGUUUGGCACCAUACCUAUUGAGAUAUACGUGAUGUCAGCGAUAUCUUCAACCUCCUAUUCGUUGCCCCCCAAACGCCCAUGGGACCCCUCUCGAAAGUGCAACGUACUUGUGUCAGAGGGCUCGUUGGAAAGUUCUCCGACACCGUCCACCGAUGAAUGGCAAGCCGGUAAAGUCGUCAAAGGACAUCCAAAUAUUUGCCCGCUGCUUGAAUUCUUUGAAGACAAUCACUACUACUACCUCGUUCUGCCUUCUUCAACACCAGACCAUCAGCCCGACAAGCCAACCCCUCCUUCCGACCUAUUUGACCUCGUUGAAGCCUACCCUACGGGACUUCCACCAUGCUCUGUACGAAGCUAUCUCGGACAGCUUAGUGAUGCUCUAUGCUUCCUACAUUCGCGCGGUAUAGUUCAUCGCGAUGUCAAAGAUGAGAACGUCGUUCUUGGACCAAAUGGUAAAUGUAUCCUCAUCGACUUUGGGAGUUCUGGUUUGGUCAAGAAAAGUGGGUGGGAUACUUUCAGUGGAACUUUGGACUAUGCUGGCCCGGAAAUCCUCCGUGGUGAGCGAUAUUAUGGCAAAGAGCAAGAUGUCUGGGCCUUUGGCGUCGUUGCCUACGUGCUCCUCGUCGGCGAAUGCCCCUUCACCACUGCCGCUGAAGCGCAAGAUGGCCUGGAUUCCCCAUUUGCCAACGCAUCGAUCGCUCUCGACGAGCGUUGUGGAGACGAUAAGGAGACUGAAGGAGAAGAAGCUGACGGCGGCGGUGCUCUAGGCGAUGCUGCUGCGCUUGUCAAGACGUGUCUUCAGGUGGACGUCGCCACUCGUCCUACAUUCGAGGACAUUCUACAGUGUCGAUUCUUGGCCGGCGGAAGUGGCUGGGGUUUGAAUACGCCAUUCGGCAAAACGAGCCAAGCUCGGGCUCCCUCCCAUUUAAGCGCUUUCCCUUCCCGAAUGAAUUGAUUCAUUGCUUAAAUGGCAUUGCGUUGAUCAUGGCUAUGAGAAUGUCCGAAUCUGCAGCAUUACCUUACUGCCCCGCUGUCACUCUAACAAGCUCAAGUACUAGUGUCAUCAACUUUGCCCCCUUGUUUCAUAGUAGUUACCGUUGUGCUCGAUGUAGGUGAAAUCGGAAGGACUAUCUUCCGUACUAAGUAAAGGUCUGCCUACGGGAGACUAGGUAAAACCUCAUAAUCGCAUGAACGACCAGACACGGUAUUUCGGAUUUGUCGUCUUGUAUGGUUAGAGAUGCGCGCUGAAGUAGG